CUGAAACCGCCGAAACAAAACGCGAUUCCGUCGCGCUUUUUAACAGACUAGCGUCAAGCGGUCAUCGGGCUUUCCAAAUCCACUUUGAAGAAGAAAAAAGGAGAAAGAAAAACAAAAUUAAAACAUAAGAAUCCAACUUGCUAGGGUUUCUUCAUCUAUCUCUCGGGAGACGAAGAAUGGUUUGCGAUAAGUGUGAGAAGAAGUUAUCUAAAGUGAUAGUUCCAGAUAAGUGGAAGGAUGGUGCUCGCAAUUUAACUGAAGGAGGUGGCCGGAAAAUCAACGAGAACAAACUUCUCUCCAAGAAGAAUAGAUGGACACCAUACGGUACCGCUACCACGAAGUGCGUGAUCUGCAAGCAGCAAGUGCAUCAAGAUGGUAAAUACUGUCACACAUGCGCCUAUAGCAAAGGAGUGUGUGCGAUGUGCGGGAAGCAAGUGCUGGACACCAAGAUGUAUAAGCAAAGCAAUGUAUAAUCAAAUCUGCAAGCUUUAAUAUUUUAGAUUCUAUCACUUUGAUGUCAAGUUACCAUAACCUCGGACGACUUAUCUUGUGAUAUCCUGAGCUUUCUUAACGUUCUCAGUCAUGUAUUCUCUGUACCUAUCUCUUUUCGUUUAUAGUAUUAACAAACAAGAAUUUCCCUGU